GUUAACUUAGCGUACUGUUGUACUACAGGCCCGCUACGUUUCAGAAUUGCCAUCUGCGAACAAAGAUGAGGCAGCUGUUUGGCGGGAUUCGACAGACAGAGUGUUUCUUGAUUCUGGGCUUCGGCUACUUUCACAGCUCCCUGAUGUCCAUAUCGUCAAAUAAUCCCUGUCGAAGUUGACACGCCCGAAGCAAGCCCAGGCUGGGGGCGGGAUCCUGAAUAACUGGUCCAUUAGUUAAUUGACCCCGAAAGAUCCUGUCACAGGCUGAUCAUUGCAACGGUCGUCCUAUAGGCUCUGACCUUCCAGGGCUCGAGCCUGUCGUGUGGAAUUUAGAAACGUGGAGUGUUUGAGAUUCGGCUUUCUCUUUGGAUCUGCCCACCUAUGUGAUCGCUAUAUGACCACACUGUAGACCGGUCCUAAAGGACCUUUUGGUCGUGUCAGUGGCAGUUUAUUAGAUAUGGCUGUGAGUGAGCGGCGGUGCCUCGUCAUAAGGCCCGUCGUCCACCAUGGAUCUAGCUUUGCGACAAGGACUUCGAUAAUUCCCCUCUGCUGUCUCUGAUUUUUCAUUUCCCCUCUUCUUCUCGUGAGUUAAGGACACAUACUGAGCUUCGUAAUUGUGCUAGUUUUCUAUCCCAUGAAGCGAUAUUGUUGUAUCAACAGAGCGCAUUGCUUUUACCUUUCUUCUUAGAACUUCCCGUUGAAGAUUCAGAAACAUUGUUCUUUAUUUAUCCCUUGAUACCCAUACCGUUUGCGACACUAAUACGAUUCGUGGCCCUGCAUUUAUCAAAGACGACACGAUAAAGUUUCCUAUCAUCGUCUAAAAAUCGCGCGCAUUUUUCUUUGACAUAUCGACUUUCGGCUUGCACAUGGGCACUAAAGAGAGGCACUUAGUUUAGAUUAUGAGGAUGCGCGAUUAACCGCUUCGAAGGCCUCCUAUCCCCCAUUGCGACAUUUUCUUUUGCGAUACCUGGGAAAGUUCAACGAAGUGCAAAACAAGAAGGGCGGGCAGCAUCUCCGCUGUGCAAACAAAAAAUACAUUUGUCAUCUCCUUCACCUAGCGUUGCACCAUGCGUAAACAGCGCUGGGUAACAUAUCUCGUCCUCGCCUACAGAGCGCCAACAGUCAUAGCAAUUUCGCUGGACCAAAUCCAACCGAUAAUAUCAUUCCCUCCAUCAUGUACGAGAGUCUACACCUCCGAGAUUAGUGACUGCACAGUCCGCGAUUUCGCAAACGAAGGCUCCUGCUCUCCGGGCUGCGUUGAGGGUCUGGAAGCUCUGGCACGUUCGCUCAAUGCAGCUUGCGUGGGCACGCGGGCAUCUCCGACGUCUCUCAUCGGAUUAUUUUUCCAGGGGCUAGGAGUGCAGACACUCUGUCCAAAUGCUGGAGGGGCGGGAGGAGGAGCAGGCAGGGAAAUUGAGAGUUCCGCUCCAGCCAAUCCACCCGAUAUUCCCCGUGUCACAGAGACCGGUCGCCCUCCACCUACGCAGGCACAAACAGAAGAGCCAUCAGCAACAACAACAACACGAAGACUAGCUCCAUCUACCACUUCUACGACUUCUCACUCUACUUCUACCACAAGUGAUUCAUACGUCAUCCCAUCCCUACCACCCUCAGCAACGGCAUCCGAUCCCACAUCGACUACGACCUCAGAACCAUCUGCUACCACUACUAAAACCACCGACCCGAAUGAUGACCCCUUUGGAGGAUUUGGGAAUGCAUUUGAUAUCAUUGCACCCAACCAGGCGGCUUCGAUGAGCCAACCUCGAAAGCUGGCAAUUGGUGUUGCCGGAGCAGCCGUACUGUUCACUAUGCACCUUGCAUGGUAGUAACAUACGCGUCUGUCAUUGCUAUAUAUAUAUAUAUAUAUCUGUCAAACACGAAGAAACGGGCAUGAACUCGAGAGACAUAAAUAGGUGAAACACGACUAAUCUUAUUUUAUAUCAACUGCGCGUACAGGUCCACAGCUCACUCCUCAUCUCUUUAUCUAGUAUGAAUAUAUGAUCUAGUUGGCUCAUUUUACAUAUUGUCACUAAGUGCUUUCUAAAGAGUAGUAGCAGUGUUCUUUAGAUGUGAUGAAAAGACCAAAUAGCUGGUCAAAGAUCUCUUCUAAAAUUGUAUUUAGCUGACUUUUGUUCCACUCUAUUUAUUAUUUUGUGUUUAUAUAUUUGUAUUAUUCUUGGUCCUUCAUUGUUUCAAGUCUUUUGUGUACUCAAUCUCUUCUCUUGAAGUGUUCUUCACAUGAAAGAUGUGACUGGAUGUUAGCUUACAUAUAUUCAUAGAAGAGCAUGAACAUGAACUCUGUAUAUAUCUAGGAAUUUGUUUCU